AUGGCAUCUUGGAAUGCAACCUCUGAUUGCUGCUCAUGGGAUGGAAUUGAAUGUGAUGAACACACAAAUCUUGUGAUCAACAUUGAUCUUAGUAGCAGCCACAUCUAUGGUACAAUGGAUGCAAACAGUACACUUUUUCACCUCAAACAUCUUCAAAGCCUUGAUCUUGCUGAUAAUCACUUCAAUUACUCUCAAAUUCCAUCUCGAAUUGGUGAGCUUUCACAGUUAAGGUAUCUGAACCUUUCUCGAACCUAUUUUUCUGGUGAAAUCCCGCAACAAAUUUCACAUUUGUCCAAGUUACUUUCUCUUGAUCUAUCUGGUGCAUUUGUUUCUCUACUUCCAGUCAAUCUUUUGAGUUUUAAAAUAUCUACUCUGAGAAGCUUAAUUCAAAACUUAACUGAUCUUGAAGUUUUUCGUGCUAAUUAUGUAACCAUUUCCUCGUCUGUACUCCAUACAUUCACAAAUCUUACAUCUUUGCAGCAACUCUCUCUUUAUCAUUGUGAACUAUACGGGGAAUUUCCACCUGGAAUAUUUCAUCUUCCAAACUUGAGAUAUCUAAAUUUGGGAAAUAAUCAAAACCUCAUUGGCAAAUUUCCUGAUUUUCAUUCAAGUUCACAAAUUACAACAUUAGAACUUGAUUCCACAAGUUUCUACGGUACACUUCCUGCAUCGAUUGGAAAUCUCAAUUCUUUGAAUUGGUUAUCAAUAGCAUAUUCCAAAUUUUCUGGCUCUGUUCCUUCAUUUAGAAACCUCACUCAGCUAAAGUUUGUAGAUAUUGCAGGCAACAAAUUCAAAGGUGAUAUUUCUUCGUUCUUGCAAAAUCUUACCAAAUUAAGCACCCUGAGAAUUGGUUUUAAUGAAUUUACUACUGAAACCUUCUCAUGGAUUUGUAAGUUGUCGGGAAUUAAUGAUUUGCGCCUGGAAUUUGUAAAUAUUGGCCACGAAAUUCCAUUUUGUUUCACAAACCUCACCCAACUAUCCAUAUUAUCCCUCUAUCAAAGCAAAUUAAGUGGGCAAAUUCCAACUUGGAUAAUGAACCUAACUAAUUUAGCUUCCUUGGAUCUUGGAAAAAAUAAUCUUCGGGGUGAAAUUCCAAACUCUCUCUUCGAACUUGAGAACCUAGAAACUUUUUCUGUGAUCAGUAAUCUGUUGGAGGGAGAAUUAGAGCUGAAUAAAUUUCUAAAGCUAAAAGUGCUAGUGCUGGUUGAAUUAUGUUUCAAUAAAUUGUCGUUAAUUAGUGGAAAAAAUCCAUCCAAUGCAAGCCUUUCAAAAAUUCAAGGGUUAGGUUUGGGAUUAAGCAAUCUGAGUGAGUUUCCACAUUUUAUUCAGGACUUGACUGAGCUAUCAUAUAUUUACAUGCCAUACAAUAAUGUCAGUUCAUUCCCCAGCUGGAUGUGGAGAAAAACAAGUCUUCGGAGCUUAAUUGUUUCUCACAACUCAUUAAUAGGAAAAAUAGAUCCACAAAUAUGCAAUUUGAACUCUCUUAUGCUUCUUGACUUGUCAUUUAACAACUUAAGUGGCACAGUUCCCUCAUGUUUGGGAAGUUCCAGUAAACUUCUGCAAAUUUUAGUGCUAAAAGGAAACAAAUUGACUGGCCCCUUUCCUGAGACAUAUACGAAGACAAGUGAUCUAAGAAUGAUAGAUUUAAGCAAUAACAAUCUGCAGGGUCGAUUGCCAAGAGCACUGCUAAACAUUAGAAUGCUAGAGUAUAUUGAUGUCAGCUAUAACCAAAUCAAUGAUUCAUUUCCCUGUUGGUUGGGAACUCUUCCGGAGGUGAAAGUUGUUGCUUUACAUCAUAAUCAUUUAUACGGAUCCAUAGGGUGCCCUACAUCUUGCAAAUUUCCCAAACUGCAUAUCAUUGAUCUUUCUCACAAUCAAUUGUCUGGAAGUUUGCCUUCAAAAACAAUCCAGAAUUGGAAAUCAAUGGAAGCUUCAAACGAGAGCCAAUUACAGUAUCAAUAUUAUACGGUGUAUGAUUAUCACAUGUUGGCAAGGUUUAUCGUGUUGAAGGAUGGCUCUUACAGGUAUUCAUUUGCACUGUGUAACAAAGGUACGACCCUGGUUUAUGAAAAUCUCCAAGAGUUUUACAACUUGAUAGUCAUUAAUCUUUCAAGUAAUAAAUUCUCCGGAGAGAUUCCAAAUGUUAUAGGAGACUUAACUGGUCUUGUUUUGCUGAACCUUUCAAACAACAUGCUUAGUGGCAACAUUCCUUCUUCCUUUGGGAAGCUUUCAAACCUUGAAACUUUGGAUGUUUCCCUCAAUACUUUAUCAGGGAAGAUUCCCCUACAGUUGCAAGAACUAACAUUUCUUUCGCACUUUAACGUGUCCUUUAACAAUCUUUCGGGUCCUAUACCUCAAAAUAUGCAGUUUGCUACUUUCCCAGAUAGUUCAUUUGAGGGUAAUCAAGAAUUGUGUGUUAAUCCAUCGGUGAAUAAAUGUGAGGAAGAUGGAGGGCUGCCAUUUGUUCCACCUUCCACAUCUGAUGAUGAUAUAAAGUCUGGAACUUUUAUUGAAUUGGACUGGAAAGUGGUUCUGAUUGGGUAUGGAGGUGGACUUCUUGUGGGAUUAGCACUGGGAAGCUCUUUUCAUCGUGAGAUAUUUGCUUGGCUUAAAAGGGUUUGUUUUAUGAAAUUAUCUUCAAAUAAUUUCAUAAUGUAA